AGUCGACCUCUCUCCAGGAAAGGCUGUUUUCUUUUUUCCCACCGUCCCGCCCCUUUUCCAACCCCACGAGGUGGAAGUGCAGACGAUCUGAGUCUGCAAGAAACUCCCUUUCGUAAAGUUCUAAUUGGUUCAAAAAUAAAUAUAAAAAGAAAAUGACGCCGUCUACCCUUAAAGGAAAAUGAAAACGAGACAGGGAUGUAACGACACUGUUUUGCACUUUAUUGAUCUUUCUCCUUUCUUCUUCCUUCCUUCCUGAUUUGAGAGUAGUCGACUAGAGUUUUUCGCGGAGUUAAAAGCAGGGGAAAAAGGAGUUGCCGAACCGUUCUCGUUUUGCUGCGUCUGUUGCUGCAGUAGCCGUUUCUGUGUGUGUUUCUGUGUGUGUGAGGAUAGUGCAGCGAUUGAAUUCGAGCAGCGGGAGCAAUGCAUAAUGGUCGAGUUGUCGCGUUACGCACAUGAUGCGACCGUCCGUCGCAAUACAACCGAAAAUUGGAUAUGUGUGGGGAAGGUGAAGUAACACAGCUGCAGGAAAACAGGAAGCAGACCUGUUUGCGUUUGGUGGCCCUUUUUGUUUCUGGUUGCGUCAUUACCACUAACCGCUUUGUUGCGUUGUAACGUCUGCUGCCGUUAACACGUCUAUAACUCUUUAUAUAUAUAUUUGGUUUGCUGUGAACGUCGUGUGAAGAACCGUAGUUCCAUGCAGGGGGAGGGGGGGGGGGGAAGAAACAAUCCUUUUUUUCCCCGUACCCGUUGUGUCCGAAGGGAGCCCCUUUAAGGACGAAAACACAAACUCCAACACAUUAGUUCGUUGCCAACCUUGGCUGCUUCGGGAAAAAGCUUUGCUCCAACCGGCGGAGUGUUCUUCAAGAAAGAAAACAAAAACUGAGUGCCUGCGGAGGACUUCUUAGAGCGACUUUUUUCCCCUCUAUUUUUCUCUUCUCGCCACUUCUUCUUCCUCCUUUCUUCGUUCUCUGUCCACUGCCACUUAGGAACCAAGUAAGUGAGUUGUGUUGGCAAUACGCAGCGGUAAUUGUGAGAUCCUUUUGAAAGACUAUCUCCUAAUAGUCUCCUUGGCGCUUGAAAACAAGAAAGAAAAACCCGCGCUCCUCACUCACUCGGUGCUCGAUGGCUUCGGUUUCUCCCUCGGAAACUGGCGGCACGCUGAUCGCCUUUCUCCAACAGCUGCGCGGUACGCUCGUGGAGAUCGAGCUGAAGAACUCUUCCAUCGUCUCUGGCGAGAUCGCGUACGUAGAUGCCAACAUGAACACCUACAUGUCGCACGCAAAGAUCACGAGCAAAGGGAAGAACCCAGUCGAGGUGGAGGAGUACAUGGUGCGUGGUGGCACCAUUCGUUACAUUAUUAUGCCGGAGAGUCUCAACACCUACGAUGUGCUGAAACAGGCGUCCUCGUCGAAGAAAGGUCCGGCGGCUAAGAAGCAGUGA